AUGAGCGUUUUGCUCGAGACAAGCGAAGGCAACAUAGUCAUAGACUUAUUCCAUCAGUCUCAACCUUUAUUGAGCUUUAAUUUUUUAAAGCUAUGCCAAAUUAAUUACUAUAACUUUUGCCCAUUCUAUGAAUUAAUAAAGAAUCUAACGAUAACUUGUGGAGACUCAGAUUAUCCAUAUGGUGCUGGUGGAGCUGCUAUAAAUAAUUUUGUUGACGUUAAAUCGUAUUACCCCAGCAUUGAACGUGGGAAAUAUUUGACGAUAAAAACUAGAGAAACAUAUGAUGAUUUUAUUGGCAUUGUCUCAUUCUUAGCCAAAAAGACUGCUAGUGAUGAAUUCGAAGUAGGAUCUCAAUUUACAAUUAACUUGGCCGACGCUCCUAAGGUAGUUGGGUCUCGAAUUCCUUUUGGUAAGGUAGUGGAAGGUUUCACUGUUUUGGAACAAAUAAAUAUCUCAUCAGUAGAUGAUGAAUCCAGAUUUUUGAAAGACAUCCGGAUAAAACAUGCCCAUAUACUUCAUGAUCCAUUUGAUAAAGUCACGUAUACGAAUUUGAACCCUACAGGACUUCCAACUGAAUUGCAAUUGAAGAGUUUGAGAUUGCCUCAGUUGAUUAAAAAUGAUGGAGAAGACGAAGAAACGUAUCAAGCUUUGACACUCGAGCUUAUAGGAGAUCUUCCCUACUAUAAAAUGAAACCAUCACCUUCGACUUUGUUCUUCGCGCGCUUGAAUCCUAUAACAUCUGAAGAUUCCUUGUCCGUCUUUUUCAGCAAGUUCGGAGAAGUCCUAGAUUGCAAUAUAGUGAAGAAGGUCAGAGGUGACAAGAAAACCACAAACUAUGGGUUUGUAAAAUUCAAGACGAAAGAAGAAGCUGAAAAAGCGUAUGCUAAGCUACAUGAUGGAUGCAUAAUCGAUGGACAUGAUGUCUAUGUAGACUUUUCACAAUCCGUUAAGCAUAGCAAACAUUUUACGAGAACACCUUACAAGAUAAAUUGA